UCAAAAGCGGAGAUGAAGUAAAAGAAGACAAAAAAUCAACAUUGGACGAAAAAGAAAAUAAAGAUCAUACAAUUAUUUUAUCUAAAGGGUUAAUGUCAGAAGAAGAACAGUACAGAGGCGCAGUGAAUAAUGAGAUAUAUUUGGCAUAUUUUAGGAAUGCGGGUGGAUUUUUAUUGAUACCCAUUCUUAUUUUUGUGCUUAUUAUAGCAGAAGGAGCAAAUAUUGGUGUUUAUUGCGCAUGGGGAGUCGUUGAGGGAAUUUUUGGUAUUUUGUAUGGAAUCGUACUUUCCUACGGUGGUGUUAAAGCAGCUAAGAGAUUGCAUGAUAAUGCAAUCAAACGUGUAUUGAGAGCGCCAGCAAAUUUUUUUGAUACCACUCCUCUAGGAAGAAUUAUUAAUCGUAAAGACGUCGACGCAUGUGAUAAUCUAUUAUCUGAAUCAUAUCGAAUGUUUUUUAUGAGUAUUUCAAACAUUAUUGGAACUUUUAUACUAAUC